GCCAGAGUGAUUGGAGUGCGGGUUACCCGGGCCCAUGGGCUCCCGAGGCCCUCUGUUUUUGGAAAGCGGGCUCCGCCCCCAGCGUCCCGUGGCUAUGACGACCGCUCCGCGGGAUUCAGUAGUGUGGAAGCUCGCGGGACUUUUGCGGGAAUCGGGGGAUGCGGUUCUCUCUGGCUGUAGCACACUGAGCCUGCUAACAGCCACACUGCAGCAGCUGAACAGAGUGCUUGAACUGUACCUGGGGCCAUGGGGCCCCUGCCAGACAGGCUUUGUGGCUCUUCCCUCCCACCCUGCAGACUCACCCGUCAUUCUCCAGCUUCAGUUCCUCUUCGAUGUGCUGCAGAAAACACUGUCACUCAAGCUGGUUCACGUCCCUGGUGUUGGCCUCCCAGGACCUAUCAAGAUUUUCCCCUUCAAGUCUCUUCGGCAGCUGGAGCUUCGAGGAGUCCCUAUCCAAAGCCUGUGCGGCCUUCGUGGCAUCUACUCACAGUUGGAGUCCCUGGUCUGCACCAGAAGCAUCCAGGCACUAGAGGAGCUCUUGUCGGCCUGCGGUGGGGACCUCUGCUCUGCCCUUCCCUGGCUAGCCUUGCUUUCUGCUGACUUCAGCUACAAUGCACUCAGCAACUUAGACAGCUCCCUGCGUCUCCUGUCGGCUCUCCGCUUCCUCAACCUGAGCCACAAUCAUAUCCAGGACUGCAAAGGCUUCCUGAUGGACUUAUCUGAACUGUACCAUUUGGACAUCUCCUAUAACCACCUGGACUUGGUGCCAAGAUUGGGACCGUCAGGGGCUGCUCUGGGGACUUUGAUACUGAGGGCCAAUGAGCUUCGGAGCCUUCAGGGCCUGGAGCAGCUGAAGAGCCUGCGGCAUCUCGAUGUGGCUUAUAACCUUCUAGAAGGACACACAGAGCUGGCACCACUAUUGCUGCUGGCCGAGCUCCGUAAGCUCUGUCUGGAAGGUAACCCUUUGUGGUUCCACCCCGCACAUCGUGCAACCACCGCACAGUACUUGUCACCUCGGGCCAGAAAUGCUGCUCAUGGCUUCCUGCUUGAUGGCAAGGUUUUGUCCCUGAAAGAUCUUCAGCAAACUUCAGAAUCUUCAGGGCUUGUUUCUGUGACCCAACCCCUGCCCUGGCCAGUAGGGAGCACCACUGAAACCUCAGGUGGCCCUGAGUUGAGUGAUAGCCUCUCCUCAGGGGGCAUUGUGGCCCAGGCCCCACUUCGUAAGGUUAAGAGCCGAGUCCGUGUGAGGCGAGCUAGCAUCUCUGAGCCCAGUGACACAGACCCGGAGCUCCGAACUCUGGACCCCUCCCCAGCUGGAUGGUUUGUGCAGCAGCAUCGAGAACUGGAGCUGCUGGCCAGCUUCCGGGAGCGGUUUGGCUGUGACUGGCUGCAGUAUAGGAGCCGCCUGGAGACCAUGGGGAGCCCCCCUUUUACCACCACCAAGACUCCUGCCCUUAGCACCCCUCCUCUGGAUGUCCAGAGCCUGGAGACUGCAUGCAGCCCUCCAGCCAUAGGAGAAGACAAUAAGGAAUCGCCAGAGAAAGGGUCAGAGGAAGGCAGGGUGGAGCCAGAGCCCCACGGAGAGAGGGAAGAACAGGAUAAAGAAGAGGGGUCAAGAGAGGACCUGGAGGAGGAAGAGGAGCAGGAACAGAAGGCAGUGGAAGCAGAGCUCUGUCGUCCCAUGUUGGUGUGUCCGUUGCAGGGAAUUGGGGGUGUGCAAGGCAAAGAGUGCUUUCUCCGGGUCACUUCUGCCCACUUGUUUGAAGUGGAACUCCAAGCAGCUCGGACCCUGGAGCGACUGGAGCUACAGAGCCUGGUGGCAGCUGAGCUAGAGUCAGAGACUGGAACCCAAGGAGAACCAGUGUCCGAGGGCUCAGGUCCACCCCCUGGGGCUCCAGUUCUUGUCCUGCGCUUUUCCUACAUUUGUCCUGACCGGCAGUUACGUCGCUAUGUUGUGCUGGAGCCAGAGGCUCAUGAAGCCAUCCAGGAGCUACUCGCUGUGCUGACCCCAUUCACCAGUGUGAAAGAGCAGCAGCCUGGGGAGGCCAAGGACCCAAAGGGGGCCAGAUUCCAGUGUCUGCGUUGUAGCUGUGAGUUCAAACCAGAGGAGUCCAGGUUGCAACUGGAGAGUGAUGAAGGCUGGAAGCCUCUGUUUCAAAACACAGAAUCUCCUGUUGUAUGUCCCAACUGUGGGAGUGACCACGUGGUUCUCCUAACCGUGUCUGAGGAAGUCCUGAAUAGAGAGCAGAACCAGGAAGACCAAUCAGCAGAUUCUGGGUGUGACCUUGCUGACCACGGUGGCUAUCCUAGUGCACCUGAUGGCAUCCCACCUCAGGCAUCCAUAUCCCAUGGCCGUGGCAGCUGGAGUCUCAGCCCUCCCCCUGGACACUCUGGUUUUCGCUCUGUGGACCACCGGCUCCGGCUCUUCCUGGAUGUUGAGGUGUUCAGCAACUCUGAGGAGGAGUUCCAGUGCUGUACCAAGGUGCCAGUGGUGUUAGCAGGCCACCCAGGGGAGUUUCUGUGCCUUGUGGUUGUGUCUGACCACAUGCUUUACCUAUUGAAGGUGACAGGGGCCAUCUGUGGGCCUCCUGCUAGCUGGCUCCAGCCCACGCUGGCCAUUGCUCUGCAAGAUCUAAGUGGCAUGGAGUUUGGCCUUGCAGGCCAGAGCCUUCGUUUGGAGUGGGCAGCUGGGACUGGCAGCUGUGUACUACUGCCCCGAGAUGCCAGGCAAUGCCGUGCCUUCCUUGAGGAGCUCACUGGUGUUUUGCAAUCUCUGCCUCGUACCCAGAGGAACUGCAUCAGUGCCACGGAGGAGGAGGUAACCCCGCAGCAUCGGCUCUGGCCAUUGCUGGGAAAAGAUACUUCUGCAGAGGGGCCCCAGUUUUUCUACCUUAGGGCCUUCCUGGCUGAAGGCUCCUCUACCUGUCCUGUGUCCCUGUUGCUGACGUUGACCACCCUGUACCUAUUAGAUGAAGACCCUGCAGGGUCCCACGGAGAAUCUCCCCUCCCAGUGGUGUCUGGAGAAGCCUCUGAGCAGCCGGCUCCUCAGGGGCCAGGUUCUUCUUUGCAGGUCAGGGAGCAGCAACCACUCAGCAGUCUGAGCUCUGUGCAGCUGUAUCGCACAAGCCCUUUGGACCUGCGGCUGAUCUUUUAUGACGAGGUGUCUCGACUGGAGAGUUUCUGGGCACUCCGUGUUGUGUGUGUAGAGCAGCUGACAGCCCUGCUGGCCUGGAUUCGGGAGCCCUGGGAAGAGUUGUUCUCCAUUGGUCUCCGGACAGUAACCCAGGAGGCUCUGGACCUGGACCGAUGAGGCUUCUUCACGACUCCCCUGACUCGCACUGGAGUUGCACUGCCAAAGCCCCUUCUAGGCUCUGGGUCUGGCUGCUUGCCUGGCUGCUGUUGGCUACUGGCUUGUGAGGCUCCAGAUGACCACAGCUUAAGAGAAGGGCAAGAGAAACCAUUUGGCCCUUGGUGAUCUGCCUAGUAGAGCAGGCUAAGUGGUCAGUGGACAUUUUUCCAGCACUUUCUCUCAGGAAUCAAUAAAGGUUUCCAUGCCAGGUGUCAUGGGUAGUACAUAGAAAUGUCUCCCAGAAAGCCUGCUGUCUCCUAGUCUCUUCCGGGAAACUUUGCACUGAGACCCAUCUGCAGCCCUGCUCUAGCAAAGUAGGGUCACUGACCCGGAUGUACCCAGUCCCUAAGCAGGUUGUGACCUAUCCUGUGGCCUUGAAUGGGAUCACUGCCAGUCAAAUAGUUGGCCCUUUAAGAUUUUUCAUUGUUCUCGCUGGGCGGUGGUGGUGCACGCCUUUAAUCCCAGCACUUGGGAGGCAGAGGCAGGUGGAUUU